GCAGCCGGGUGGCAAUAUUAUCGGGGUUGUCAAAAUAAGAUUGUGUUUUCGUCACGUAGCUUUUAAUACGCAUGUGUACAACACAAAACAAUUGGCGUUAUUCAAAGUGAUGCAGAAUUACACUGGUCUGGUAUAUAGGCCUACUCAUUCUUUCCACGGCAGAACUGUAUAUACAUGAAUUAACAUAAUAGUCUAUUGUCGUUUUAAGGGCCUAAACACGUCAUUCUCACUCGUAUGUGGCCAUAGCAGGCUUUUGGAUUAGAUUUGUUUAGGCGUCGCUAGUCUAGUGUGCCUCACAUUUCGGAGUGCCCCGUUUUUGGAUAUCACGGAAGAAAAUCUGGAGCACAUUGUUUCAGCGGGUCCAUCAUGACGACAGAGGACCAGUAUCGGGACAUCGCCAGUAAAGUGACUAACACAGUCCGACAGUACAGGGAAGAACCCCUAUCAAAUUGGAAACAGGUUAAGAAGUCGAAUGAUGUGGUCGUGUGGACCAGACCAACAACUCAUUCAUCUGGUCAUUUAUAUAAAGGUGAAAGCAUAAUCAAUGCAAGUUUAGAAGAGAUCUUCAAGUUCGUCGGUCCUUGGGAAGAAUCCCGCCGUGCUCAAUGGGACAAGACAAUUAAGCUAGUCGAGGUGGUCGAGCGGCCGGCAGAGGAUAUGGUCGUCAUGCGCUCAGUCACCCACAGUUAUGCCAUGGGCACAAUCUCGCCGAGAGAUUUUAUUGAUCUCAUAUCAAUCACACAGACAGAAGAUGAAAUAUGCACAAGUGCCAUAAGUAUAGAACACCCUGACUUUCCAGUCAUUUCUGAUAUCGUCAGAGGCUCAAAUGGUCCACUUGGUCUCUGUAUUACUCGGAUCCCAGGGGAGCCAAAUAAAUGCAAAGUUGUCAACUUUAUUCACACUGAUCUCAGCGGCAAGCUGCCAAAAACCGUCACGCAGAAAGUAUUUCCUUCUAACAUUGUGGACUUCUAUGUGCAACUUCGGCAUGCUCUCAAAAAAGGAAUUCAGCACUAUCACGACAAAAGCGCAAAAUCAGAGGAAAAGUCAAAAUCCUGAAAAUGUUCAUUCCUGCAUCAGAAGACCUCAAUCGUGAAAUCAGUUAAUAAGCGUCGAUAGUAUAUUUGGAUUUCAGUAUCUGUGUUACAGUGCCUGCAGUUAAAAUUGAAUGUUACUUUCGGACAAGCUCUCUUCACAAUUCUGCCAAAGGUUCAAGUUUAUAAUUCAACAAAAUAAGCAUUAAUUUUCCCUACCCUUUAACCAGUGCAGGGAACCAAUCUGUGAUUUUGAUAGUGUAAAUUUUGUUUGUUGUGAUUGAUUGAUUUGUGUUAUGUACGAAAUUGAAUCAAGUAGGAUUUUAUGCUACAACAUAUUUAAUUGCAUCUCAUCUCAUAGUUUGGACUAGAUGUUAGUUCUGUUCUUUUGAUGGUAUUUUUUGACCGGACAAUAUUACAAGAAUAUGUCAUGUGUGCCUCGUCAUAAAGGUGUUUUUUUAAUGACCCGUCUAUUAGUAGUCGGAAUUCAAUAAGAUCUGAAACUUACUUCUUGACAGGUCCUAGCUGUAAAAUAACAGCAGUCACGGUACACAUCUUUAAAAUGAUCUCAACCAAUGAGCAGUCAUAUUGGCUUCUGCUGGUGCCACUGGUAUUGGACAAGUUAUCAUACAACACUCUUUCAUAUAGCAUUUCAGCUUAACAGUUUUAGCAGGGUUAUUGAAAACAUUGACAUUACUGCUGGAUGUAUAAUACUGUAUACUGAAGCACGCAUACAGUAUUAUACACAACGAAAGCUAAAUGCCUUAAGUAAAGUUAAUUAAUGCCACCUGGUACUCAAACCAUCAAUGAACUGGUUUAUGUUUAUGCCUGCGUAGGAUGUACAGGCUGUACAUCAUCUAGCGACCAAAUUGUUGGAAAUGGCUCUUGCUUAUAGUUUCCCUAUCCCUGAUCAGUGAUUGCGCAGCCAACUCCAUCAUUACAAUGUAUACUCAGGCAGAAGUAUAAAAUAAUUGAUGCAAUGCAAGUUAUUACUCUUUUUAGCUUAAUUUUCUACAAAAUAUUUUUUAUACUAAAUGUAUGUAUUUUAUG